GUCAUUUCUUUCUUUCAGUGAACAAACCUGUGAAGACAAGAUGAUACAGAACAAGAUUCAACUCGUUGUUUUUCUCGGUGAGUGUUAGUGAAAGAAACUGAUGUCAGAUCAGAGGUUUAGAUCAGCUUAACACUGUUGAUUUUCCUGCAGCAGGAAUCCUGUCCAAGGCUUCAUGUGACCUGUAUCGAAUCGUCCUGAUCGAAGAUCCAAAGACAUGGACAGAAGCCCAAUCCUACUGCAGAGAGAAAUACACGGAUCUGGCGAUGGUUCAGAGCGAUGAAGACAGAGCCAAACUAAAGGAGGCAGCAAACGCUGUGAACUUUCAGUCUGUGGCCUGGAUUGGUUUCUACAGAUUCAUUUGGGGUUGGUCGUAUCAAAACACACCGAUCAGCUAUGAGAAGUGGAAACCUUUGGAGCCAGACUUGUCCAACACAAAUGAGGCCUGUGGGUUUGUAAAUCAGUUGGGAAAAUGGGCUGACAGAUUAUGUACUGAGCUUGACUACUUCUUUUGCCAGAUUGAUAGACAGGACACACUUCAGGACAAGUUUAAGUACAUUGACAUGGUCAUGAACUGGCAUGAUGCUCAAAUUUACUGCAGAACACACUAUGUAGACCUGGCCACCAUUACAGACGACACAGAGAACACGUUCCUCGCAAACAUACUUUUUAACAUGGGACGCUACAAUACUUGGAUCGGCCUGUACAAGAACCAAUUGGGAAACGAGGAUUGUGUGACAGCCAGUACUGAAGUACUGAUGGCUGAUGACUCCUGCUUGACUCCACUGCCUUUCUACUGCCGCGAAAACAGAAAAAUACAACGUGUGAGAUUCACAGUCAAAUCAGAUGGAGAUCUGGACGAGUCUUCAGUGAUGGAGGCCAUAGAGAAGAAGAUGAAGCAGAUCCUCUCAGAUCAAGACAUGGAAAUCACAUCCAGCAUAAAAUGGGGUGUCCAACCUGAUGGGAAGAUCUUCCAGCAGCAGAAAACACAAGAAAACACAGAAAACAAGAGGUGUUAAAUCCAAUGAAACGCUACAAUCUGAUACAAGCGAUAACUUGUCCAAACAUUAAUGAAUCUUUAAGGAAAAGGCAUUCAUAAUAAAUUAAGGAUGUUCAACACCAUAACAUGUGAUUAAUACAGUCAAUGCAUUGUAAAUUAUAAAAUAAUGAUGGAAUAUAUAUAAUACACAUUAUUUAUAUCAGUUUGGUAUUUGUUAACAUAUAAAUCUUUAAAAAUAUCAGGCAAAAAAUUUGCUUACGUCUAUUAAGUACAGCAAUUUUUCUUUAAUCUAUGUUUGAUAUGCUGUGCAAUCGAUUAGAAGGCUGAACUGACUCAGGAUAACAUGCGAGCACAGCGUCGCGCAAUUAAACGCUGAGAUCUGCAAUUUCUAUUAAUGAAACCUAUUAAAAAAUAACUUUCUUCCUCAGUACUUUUCCUGUUGUUUUCCACGACAAGUAGCUAAAUAUUUUGGUAACACUUUAUGUACCUUAUUUUUUAACGUGGAAGUAAGCCAUUUUCUGUGAAUAUGCAAGACUUCCGGGUUCAUUAACCGCUGAAGGGAAAUAAUGAGAAGAAUAACAAAGUGCAGUAAAUGGUAAAAAUGUUUGCACUACAAACCAGUGUAUUCAUAAUUAAAACAAUACAUUAAAACAAUAUGGCAAGACACACCAGUUUGGAAUAUCAAGCAUAUCAAAACUAGCUGUUUUGUACAGCUAAAAAUAGCUGGACGCGGAAGAGACCAGAAGCCCCGCACAUAAAGUUUACGAAUGUCCAGAAAAAAUAAGGUGGAUAAAGAACAAUUCUCAAUAUUAACUAGAAUGCAUUUUACUUGCAUAUUGGCUCUUUAUUAGUACUUAUAAAGCACAUAUUAAUGCCUUAUUUUUCAUGACCACAUUCUAGAUCAAUUAAUCCUACCCCAUACCUAAACUUAGCAACUACCUUACUAACUAUUAACCCUUUAAGCCUAAUUUUCUUAAUGUAGAAAGUUUUCUAUCAAACAA